AUGGCCAUCUUCCUGUUAUUUUUACUAUUUCAAUUUGCUGAUUUCUUCUGCUUUUGUUCUUCUGACUUGGAUCCAUUGAAAGCGAGAAUCAUGAUACAUCAACCACUGGUACCCGCCGUUGUGACAACCCCCGUUGUUGACUGCGGAGCUCCAGCUUCGUGGACCACCGAUGAUGACCACCUAUCCCUGCCAGAUGCUGAAGAUUUGCGUGACGCGAAGAAGGAAGGUGUUAUGGUUGGAUCUGAUCAUUCAAAUGCGAGCAACGAUGGUUCUGAAUUUGUGGACAAUGUGAUUGAUCUUGAUUCUCAUAUGCUUGUCUCUGUGUCUGGUGUUGGUGAGCCUAAAUCGUUUCUCAGAAAUAUGAAAGAGCAGUUCCAAGCUCUGAAGGGGAGAAAAUCUAUUUCAGAAGUAUCAGAGUGGGUGGCCAACCAUCUGUCUUCACAUUGUGAUAAAGAUCCGUCGGCUAAAAUGCUAAUUGCAGCGUGGGACAACGAAAUCAAGCGUCCUGCCUUGGUUGCUGUGAAUUUUGAGGGUGAGAGAUUUAGAAAGCGACUGCUGGCUGGCACUGGAGCUGGUUCAAAUUUUGUUCGUGGACUCUAUGAACGCCGUUUCCAGGAGAUGGGCUGUGCUGAAGCUUCGGAGAAUGCAGAAGAGUUGAUUCGCUUUACUGUGUCUUCACUUGCCCGUUCCGCGCUUAUUGGUGACGAUAACGCCGAAUAUGGUGGUUACGUAACUGGGUAUUACGUUGGAGCUGAAGGGGUAAAAAGGACCUUUCGUGAUGUGCCUGUUGGGGUGCAGUAUUUCUUCGAAGCCAUAGGGGCAAAGUUCUAUAUAUGGUGAGGACUAGGAGGACCUUCCAUGAUGUACCUACCUCUUGAAACGUAUUUAUGUGUUUUAUGUUGCUUUUUGUGAAUGUUGGCUUUAUUGAGAAGUGAAGCAUGGAUUAUGUUUUAGUCAAAUUUUGAGUCUUCUCACUCUUUUAUUCACGUAUAUACAUUUCCCUUAAGAUGGUCUUGAAACGUUUUUAUGUAUUUGAUGUUGCUGUUUGUGAGAGUUAGCUUUUAUUAACCAAUGAACCUUGUGCUAUUAUGUUUUGGUGUUUGUGAGUCUUAAAUUCAUUCUUUGAGAAAAUUGACCAAAAUUACCACUUCAAUGCCUUGCGCAAUCUUGCAAACGUCCGUCCAUCUGACUGCCGCUUUCAAGGAGGCGGCGUCUGUUAUGAAGCUUACGCCGGUGUUGCCUUUCAGUUUGUGUUAUGCAGUGGAUGAAAUACCUAGUACUCGCGUAGGUUCGACCAGUUUGUGUUAGUACAAACAAGAAUAAACAAAGCUUUGCAGUUUGCUCUGC